GCUAUCAAUGUUUAACAGAAGACAGUGAUUUUUUCAGUUUAUAUAGAAACAAAACAAACUGAACACAAACCUCAGACAGAACCUUCUCUAUUCAUCAAUACAAAACUUCAAACUUCUUUGUUUUUCCACUAUUCAACUCUCUCUCUCUCUCUCUCUCAUCAUUGUUUUUCUUUAUACUAAAGUAGUUUUGCAAACUGAAGUUAAAGUUUCCACUACUACAAUGGAAAGUUCUGAGAUAUUUUCUCAAAGAAGUAACAAUGGCUUGAACCUCAAGGCUACUGAGUUAAGACUUGGUUUACCUGGUUCUGAAUCACCAGAGAGAGAUAAUGAUCUUCUUGAAGAAAAAAAUGCAUACUCUUUAUGCAUGCUUAAUAGUUUAUUUUCAGGUGCAAAAAGAGGUUUUUCAGAUGCCAUUGAUAUGAGAAAAAGUUCCAACCAACAAGGUUCUGUUGCGAAAGAUCAAACAAAUCCUUUGAACGAGAAGAAGAAGUCUCAGAUAUCUGGUUCAGCUGCAAAGGAACAAGUUGUAGGAUGGCCACCAAUCCGUUCUUUCAGGAAGAAUUCAAUGGCCACUCAAUCUCAAAAGAAUGAUAAUGAUGAUGUAGAAGCCAAAUCUGGAUGCCUUUAUGUAAAAGUUAGCAUGGAUGGUGCUCCAUACUUGAGGAAAGUGGAUCUCAAAAUUUUUGGCACUUACAAGGAACUAUCUUCUGCACUAGAAAAGAUGUUUAGUUGUUUUACAAUCAGUCAAUUUGGCUCUCAUGGAGUUUUUGGUCAAGGUAAUGUUUGUGAAAGUAGAUUGAUGGAUCUCCUUCAUGGUUCAGAAUAUGUCCUCACCUAUGAAGAUAAAGAUGGUGAUUGGAUGCUAGUUGGUGAUGUUCCAUGGAAGAUGUUCAUCGACUCUUGCAAGAGGUUAAGAAUAAUGAAAAGUUCUGAAGCAAUUGGAUUAGCACCAAGAGCCAUGGAAAAGUGCAAAAGUCGCAACUAGCAAUCUUGGAAUCCUCUUCUUUGUUUUGCUUAUGUAUAAUCCUACAUAUGGAAUCAUAGUGUCCUAAAAUAUUGUCAAGAACUCAAGAUAUGCUUGUUGUUGACAAUUAAGGUUUCUUAGGUUUGUUAAUAAGGCUAAAGCUAUGUAAAUUAUGUUUUUCAUUAGCAAAUUUUGCUUUCUCUCUGUUUGAAAAUUAAUGUUAGAGAUAGAGAUUGGAAUCAAAUGCAUCUGAAUUAUAGGAUGAUCACUAGUUGCAUUGUCAUGCAUUAUAACCUGAGAUGUUAUGUUGCUAUAUAUGGUUGGA